GACAAGAUUAUUUAAAAUUUCGAGAUGAUCUUACAAAUUUUGCUGCAGACUUGGCUAAAUUAGUUGUUAGAGAUGGUGAAGGCGCUACAAAAUUUGUUACUAUACAUGUUAAGGGUGCACCAACAUUUUCCGAUGCCAAAAAAGUGGCAUCCACAAUUUCAACAUCAGCACUCGUAAAAACAGCACUUUUUGGUCAAGAUGCAAAUUGGGGUAGAAUUCUUUGUGCAGUUGGUUACUCUGGUGUUUCUUCCAUCAUUCCGAAUAAAGUUUCGGUUUCAUUUAUACCAACUGAUGGAUCAACUCCUUUAAAAUUGCUUACUCAUGGUGAACCUGAAAAUGUUGAUGAAGAUAGAGCUUUGGAAAUUUUAAAACUGGAAGAACUGGAAAUUAGUGUAGACUUGGGUAUUGGUAAUGAGGAAGCUAAAAUGUGGACAUGUGAUUUUAGUUAUGAUUAUAUUAAAAUCAAUGCCGAAUAUAGAAGUUAA